AGGCAGGGGGCGGGCAGGUCCAUGACACCCCUGGGUCCCCAGCUUUGCAGGACCGCACUCCUGGCCACCAUCCUGAUGCUGCUGCUUCGGAUAAAGGGGGUGAGGCUUCAAAAAGGGGGUUCAGACCCUGCUGAGAGCAGUCAGAAAGAGAUCAUGCCUUCCACAGAUCAGGAAGAAGAACAGUUUGAAGAGCACUUCAUGGCCUCCUCAGUGGGGGAGGAGGUGUGGCAGCUGCUGGACAUGGCCCAGCAGGAGGACCAGGUGGCAGACAUGGCGGCAGUGUGGGACCACCUCUUCGACUUGGCCUUCUGCCUGAACCUGGCCAGCAUCAUGGUUUUUUUAUGA